GAACCACGAACCACCAACCACCAACCACCAACCACCAGCCACCAGCCACCAUUCAACAAAGGAAACAUCGACUUACAUAUACGCUUCAUAUUCCCUAGGACUUUGAUACAUACACUCUUCUGCAGCAUCGUAUCUCCCCGCAAGAGAAAAAGGACAGAAAGACCCCAAGUUAUAUAUAUAUAUAUAUAUAUAUACAUAUAUAUAUGUGUUGAUAUAUCCAUCCGUAUUGUACAAUUUGGGAAUUGGUUUCAUUGUGCCUCUCAUCCUUCACAUCCACAUCCACAUCCACAUACCCACACACUUAUCAUAUUACAUACACAUACACACAUACACACAUACACACAUACACACACACGCGCGCACACAUAUACCAGACACCUACAUGCAACUCCAUAGACAAAUCCACGCAUAUCCUUACAGAUCCUCCCAUAUCCCUCCCUCGCGCAUUUUCCGGGGAUCCAAUUAAUCGCCAUCUCUUUCUUGGCCUUUCGUCCAAGGGUCCUCUUUUCCCUUAUCCGCCCGGCCAGGUAUCAGCAGCCCUUCACCCUACAUAUAUCUAUCCACAUUAUCCACACAAUACACUAUUCACUAUCCACACCACCUUCCACGACACUGCUAUUACGACACUGCUACAUAAUUAAAAUCCCUUGAACAACCAGAACCACCAGCUGCAGGAUUCUUCAGUCGCCCGCAUGCAUGGUGCAGAACAAAUCGCUUCGUUAAUGCAGCUGAACGGCUUCUGCGCCGCAGUCAUCAAUCAAAUCUUGGAGCUUGCAUUCAAACCUCCUACACUUUUUUUUUUCUUUGCGACGAUAGCGCAAACGCGCGCCGAACGUGCAAAGUGUGAGGAGUUGGGGUCAGACUCAACAUCAUAUAUCUCAUCGCCCAGCACACGCUUGGAAAAGUAUUUGGGAUUUCUUUAGUCCUUUGUACUUCCUCUUUUCUCCGUCCGCUCGUUGCGUUGCGUUCCGUUCCGUUGCGCAUUUCGUCAUGUACUCGGCCGUGACAAAUGGACUUGGAGGGGGUGGGCACGAAGCUCCGUUCCAACCCACAACUAUUAAUCCUCAAGCUCUGAAUCAAGGAGCUCUCAACCCCGCCCAAGCAAUUUCACCAAAUGUUAUUCCUCGGGGCAUUAAAAGAAGUCGCUCUCCGGAUACAUAUAAUGAAAUGCCACAGGUGGAUAAUCACAUAGAUGAUGGUGACUCAAAACCACGAAAGAGAGGAAGGCCGAUGAAGGUGAAGUCGGCCACCAAUACCUUGGAAAAUUCCAAACAAAGCCAAAUGCCACAUUCAACUUCAACCUCAAGCCAAAGUGGCCAGCCGCAGACUCCUCAUUCGCAGCAUGCGGCCUUACCUCAUAACCGCACACCAGUCUCAAAUUUGACUCAGGCUCCCGUCCCUAAACCAACUCCUAAGCCAGUUAAAGCUUUACCAACCGUGAGAGAUCACACUACCGACCAGUUGGGUGCAGAAGGAGAUGAGUAUAUCCCACGAGAAUAUGAUGAGCAGGGUGAGAAAAAGGUCUCAGCUAUGGGCCAUUUGACGGACGGACGUGAAUACAGGUGUCGAACAUUCUACGUACCAAACCGAGGAGAUAAACUAUUCAUGUUAGCAACAGAGUGUGCUAGAGUACUAGGAUAUCGCGACUCAUAUCUAUUGUUCAACAAGAAUAGAUCUCUCUACAAAAUCAUCGCCACCCAAGCAGAGAAGGAAGACUUGAUCCAUCAAGAAAUCUUACCCUUCUCUUACCGCUCCCGCCAAAUAGCGAUUGUUACUGCAAAAUCCAUGUUCCGGCAAUUUGGUAGCAGGGUAAUUGUUAAUGGGCGACGCGUCAGAGAUGAUUAUUGGGAAACGAAAGCACGCAAGCAAGGAUUUACUGAGGAUGAUCUUGCUGGGGAAAAAAGACCGGGCGCAGCGAAAGCCCGAGAUGCCGCCGCCGCCGCCGAAGCUUCUGCUGCUCUCGCUGCAAGUCACCACCACGGAGAUAUUUAUACCGGUGGCCCGGGACAUUAUGGGUACCCUCAGCCAACAGUCCCAUCUGGCAUGAUGGGUAUUCCUAGUGCCACUAACCAACUGCCCAUGAUAACUACUCUUGCGCCAGAACAAACUGAUAUGCGUUUGAGAGACUACAGCAGCAUUCAACGUCCAAGACAAGAACUCGCCGGGACUGCGUACCAAGAUAGGACUCAACCUAGUUCACAUGCGGAUUUAUCAAAUCAUGUAAAUCAAGCAGCUGAAUAUAGCAAGCAGAUCAAUCAACAACGGAGUCGUAGUCAUGACUAUCUAGAACGAAGAUGGAGACAACCUCAUGAAGUUCCUGGAGGUGGCAUUGUGCAAGCUACGGGUAAUCAUGACGGUCUUCCAUCUGCGCAAAUUUUGCGUUCGCCACGAGCAUCGCAAAGUAUUGCACAGCAGCCAAUCUUAGCACAUCAGAACCAGCAGAACAUCUCAUACUCGCAGGCUUCUCAUCAACCUGGCAUUGUUUCACAGCCUCCGAUCAGAAGUGCUCCAUCAAGACAGGAGCAGGCAGCAGGACGGUCUCCUAGCAUACCAAUUGCGUCUGCGAGCAAUAUGAAUCAAGGGACAAAUUCUUAUCAAUUUGGGUCUCAGAAUCAGAUGUGGCCAUCAAGUCAACCGCAGCAGUCCCCGCAACAACAUGCUUUUAACCCAAGCUACCCAUCCCAUCCUAGUCAGCAAUCGCCACACAUACAACAAUCCCCUCAUCAACCUCCACCUCCGCCACUUCGACAACCAGGAAACAAUCCUCAAAUGCAACCAGCAUUACAAUAUUCUGGUAUGCAAAGCAUGGGCCAAAAUUACUCAGCACCAAAUCGAAAUAUUUAUCAGCCCGAUUCAAACAAUCAGCAAUUUAUGCAACCUACGACCUCCGGUUCUCAGCCUAGCUCUCAGGGCUGGGCUCCACAACAACCUACCGGAACUAGCGCUGCCUGGGGAUGGACAGGUCAACCACAAUAGACACGGGCAGAGACGAAUAUUGCAUAGUCCACAAAGAUAAUGGAAUCACCAUGCAGAAUCAAUACCAGACAACGAGAAUGAGAUGGAAAACUUGAUACAUCUCUCGAAGCCACUAUGGCCACCUAUGCUACUUCUCGAUUUAGAUGGGUCUAUCCUACGGCGUAUCUUACAUUGAAUGUUUGCAGCAAUGGUAAAAUAGGAUGACAUCAUACAACCUGUUCUAUCCCUGUGCUAAAUAAAGCAUUAUCAAAUGUCAAGCAUACAAAUGGCCUCCAUUUUUGUAUAGCUAUGACAUGUUUUCUCCUUUAAAGCUCUUGUCAUUUUCUUAUUCGUUCAACAACUUACACAGUUCUUUGCCUUUACUUUUCUUUUACUUCUCUUUCCCGAUGUAUUUUUCCUCUUCUUUUUUCAAACAUCACAACACUUAAUUUCUUCCCGGGUGCCUUUUAUUUGAAGAUGAAAGGUGCCCUGCCAACUUCGUUCUCAUUGUUGCGUUUACUACCUUUGUUUGUUCCUUGUUCCCCUUUACCUCACAACCUUUAAAGUGUGAGGAUUCUUUGGUGGAAACGAAAUGCAUAUGAGCUAAGGGUUAGCCUCAUUGAGAAGUUUUUUUUUCUUCUACCUAGGCAAGGGUGUGCAUUGAUGGAUUUGUUUGUUUACUUCUUGCUGAUUUCGAGAGCAUGGGGUAUUAUGGCUGGCUAGGAUAUACACUUUUGCAUUGCGUGCAAGGCUUUGGCAUAUGAUGGAUAGGGAUUGAUUCAACUGGGUUAUACCCGUUAUGGAAGCACAUACUGGACGUAAGGGUCGAAUGAAUGAUUGUGUGGGUGGGAUCGGGGGAUGGAGUUUGGAUGGGAAUACCUUUGCUUUUCCGUUUUUCCAUGUGUUUUGAGAAUUUGUAAAGUUUUUUAUUGUUCAUUAGGGGCAUAUUUAUUGAGUCCUGGCUAUCUGUCGUCUGUUCUGUGUUGUGUCGUUUAUAUUGAGUUGAGAAUUCCAAUUGUUUGUGUGGUGUCGUUGCAUUAUGGAUGGAUGGGUGGGUGGGUGAAUGGUGGUGUGGUUUCUGUGCUACGUGAUGAUGAUGAUGGUCGAAGGGGAUACUGAGCUGAAUAUGAAUGUACAUUCGGAGGAGUGGAUGGAUGAGGGUGUGAAUGCGAAUCUGUGUGGUAGGAUUGGGUGAAAUAAUACAUGAGGGGGAUAUGUGAGAAGUGGGAUUAAGAGAUAAUACAUGGGGAGAUGAGAUGGGAUGGGGUGAAUGGGAUAAGAUGGGUAUAUAUAUGCAUGGAUAUGGAUGAAAAUGGACGGAAAUGGAUAUGGAGAUUUGGAGAUAUGGAGGUAACA